AUGAUUCACACAAAUAUCGCCAUUACAUUUGGUGCAGUCUACUUCAUAUCGUCGGUGUUCGCGACGUGGAUCGACCCUUCCUUGCUUGAUGCAUGUCCUGGAUAUAACAUCGCAAACCCAGCCAGCCAAGGUUCUACCUUCACCGCCGAUCUAGUUCUCGCCGGGACAGCGUGCAAUGUAUUUGGGUCGGAUUUGAAGAGUCUAAGUUUGGCAGUCGUUUAUGAGACCGAAAAUCGCAUUCAUGUCAAAAUCAUGGACGCGAAUGGCUCCCGCUACGAAGUCCCCGAAUCUGUCUUACCUCGUCCAAAUGCUACUUUCGGAGGCUCAAUUAGUUCGGCGGCAAUUCAGUUCAAUUACACUACUUCUCCUUUCUCUUUCACGAUCUAUCGUACCUCAACGAGCGAAGUUCUCUUCACGACUGCCUCUCAUCCUCUCAUCUUCGAGCCCCAAUAUCUUCGUGUCAAAACCGUUCUCCCUCCCAACGCCAAUAUAUACGGACUUGGCGAACACAGCGACUCAUUCCGUCUUCCGACAUUCAACACUACGCGUACGCUCUGGUCUCGGGAUGCGUAUGAAAUUCCGACAGGUACAAACCUGUAUGGAAAUCAUCCCAUAUAUUUCGAGCAUCGCACCACCGGAACUCAUGGGGUAUUUCUCUUAAACUCGAACGGCAUGGAUAUCAAGAUCAAUGAUACGGAGAGUACGGACGGGAGCGUGACUUUGGAGUAUAAUGUGCUUGGAGGCGUGUUAGACUUUUACUUCUUGGCCGGAAGCGAGAAUGACCCUUUGGAGGUCUCGAAGCAAUAUGCAGAAGUUGUCGGUACACCCGCAGAGGUACCGUAUUGGAGUUUUGGGUUGCAUCAGUGUCGAUUCGGUUAUACAAGUUACGUAGACGUCGCUGAAGUUAUCACAAAUUAUUCCGAGGCAGGUAUCCCUCUGGAAACCAUGUGGACUGAUAUCGAUUACAUGGACGGACGUCGAAUUUUCACCGUCGACCCUUCUUACUUCCCACUUGACCGAAUGAGAGAAAUCGUAGAUUAUCUGCAUACACAUGAUCAGAAAUAUGUCCUCAUGACAGAUCCUGCGGUUGCAUACGCCCCGGGCGAAGGUUAUGGAACAUAUAAUCGUGGAAGCGCGUUGGACGUUUGGCUGAAAAUGCCUAAUGGAAGUGCAGAACUCGCGCUUGUAUGGCCUGGUGUUACGAAUUAUCCUGAUUGGUUCCAUCCAUCCAUUCAAGACUUUUGGACGACCGAAUUCGGUUUAUUCUUCAACACCUCGGACGGCAUUGACAUUGACGGUGCUUGGAUCGACAUGAAUGAACCUUCAAACUUCUGUGUUCUGCCAUGCACAGAUCCUUUUCAGCAAGCUCAGGAAAUGGCCUUGCCUCCACCUCGAACCGCGCCUCCACCCGAUCCUGAUACUCCCAUCUUCGGGAACUCGUCAUCGAUUGCUUCCUCUUCCUUAGGAAAGAGAGAGGACCUGUUGAAUCCACCAUAUGCCAUCCAGGAUGCUGCUGGAAAUCUUUCGGCGCUUACUGCCUGGACCAAUGCAACACACGCAAACGGCCUAGUAGAAUACGAUACACACAAUCUCUAUGGCACCAUGAUGUCUGUCGCCACACGUGCGGCUAUGCUUGCUCGACGACCUGGGUUGCGUACACUUGUCAUCACUCGUUCAACAUUUGCCGGUGCCGGUGCCCAUGUCGGUAAAUGGUUGGGGGACAAUUUCAGCUCGUGGCAAGAGUACCGGUUAAGUAUUGCUGGUAUGCUGGGUAUGGCUGGAGUGUAUCAGAUUCCGAUGGUUGGGAGUGAUAUUUGUGGGUACGCUGAAAAUACGACAAGUACCUUGUGUGCAAGAUGGGCGAUGUUAGGCGGGUUCUAUCCGUUCAUGAGGAAUCAUAAUGCCGACACGUCUAUUAGUCAAGAAUUCUAUCGGUGGCCUGUUACUGCGCAAGCGGCGAAGAAUGUGCUUGACAUUCGGUACCGGCUUAUGGAUUAUAUUUAUACCACCUUCCAUCAGGCUAGUCUCGAUGGGAGUCCCGUUCUACAAGCGUUGUGGUACAAAUAUCCGAAAGACACGUCCACCUAUCCAAUCGACCUCCAAUUCCUCUUUGGUCCGUCUAUCCUUGUGUCGCCAGUGACCGACGAGAAUUCCACCUCAGUCACCAUCUACCUUCCUCGUGACACCUUCUACGAGUUCUUGACACUCGAACCAAUUUCUGGAACCGGCGCAAACGUCACCUUGACCAACGUCGACUUUACGGAGAUUCCGGUCCACAUCGUCGGCGGGUCUAUCUUACCCUUGCGUGUCAAUGGGACCAUGACUACUACGGAAUUGCGUCAGAAUGAUUUUGAGAUUGUGGUUGCUCCUAGUGCAGCAGGGAAUGCCUCUGGGCGGCUUUACGUCGAUGAUGGUGUUUCUUUGAAGCAGACCAACGGAACUACUGCGUUAACAUUCGAUUAUCAGGAUGGGACCCUUAGCGUGAAUGGGACUUUUGGCUAUAACCUGGGAGUGAACGUCGCGGGCGUGAAGAUCCUUGGUGUUGAUCAAUCCCCGAAGAAUGUGUCGGUCGUUGAUCAGUCCGGGCAGUCGAUUGGUAAUGGGAGGUUUAGUUAUGAUGCGGGAACGAAGGUGGUGGAAGUUGCGCUUGGAGUUGCCUUUGAUAAAGCAUUUGAGCUUCAUAUGCAGGAAGCAUGA